AUGGACGGGCUCCGGGCUAGCGCUGGGCUGCCGAGGCGCGGGCGGUUGAGGCGCCGGCGCCAGCCACAGCCACAUAGCGGGUCGGUCCUGGCCCUGCCCCUGAGGCCCAGGAAGAUCCGAAGGCAGCUGAGGAGAAGUGUCGCGUCCCGGAUGGCCGCGCUGAGGGCCCAGGCGCUGCCGAGCGAGGACUCGGAGGACUCGAGGGUGGAGUCGAUUGUCGACGAUCCCAGGGACCCGCUGGCUGGAGGGGCGGCGGCCCUCUCGGAUGUGACCCGGCGGGAGCCGUACGGCCACCUCGGGCCCGCGGAGCUGUUAGAGGCCUCGCCCGCGUCCCGCUCCCUGCAGACUCCCCGCGCCCUGGUGGAGGCGCAGACCCCGCCGGCGCGCUUGGUGGAGGCGCAGACCCCGCCGGCGCGCCUGGUGGAGGCAUCCGCCCUGCCUGCACGCCUGGUGCAGGCCUCGGGCCCCCCGCCGCGCUUGGUGGAGACCUCGGCCGUGCUGUGCUCUGCCCAGCACUUGACGGUCGCCCCGCCGUCCAUGGCUCCACCGACGCGCCGGCGGCGGGCUGCGCGCCUCUUCGAGUGGCUCAUCGCGCCCAUGCCGCCCGACCAUUUCUACCGGCGCCUAUGGGAGCGUGAGGCUGUGCUGGUGCGGCGGCAGGACCACACCUACUACCAGGGUCUUUUCUCUACCUCCGACCUGGACUCAAUGCUGCGCAACGAGGAGGUGCAGUUUGGGCAGCACCUGGACGCCGCGCGCUACAUCAGUGGGCGGCGCGAGACCCUGAACCCACCUGGCCGCGCCCUGCCCGCUGCCGCGUGGUCCCUGUACAGGGCCGGCUGCUCCCUGCGCCUCCUCUGUCCGCAGGCUUUCUCCACCACCGUGUGGCAGUUUUUGGCUGUGCUCCAGGAGCAGUUUGGAAGCAUGGCAGGCUCCAACGUUUACCUCACGCCCCCCAACUCGCAGGGCUUUGCGCCCCACUACGACGAUAUCGAGGCUUUUGUGCUGCAGCUGGAAGGUAGGAAACUCUGGCGGGUCUACCGACCGCGGGUUCCGACUGAGGAACUAGCCCUGACAUCCAGCCCCAACUUCAGUCAGGACGACCUAGGAGAGCCGGUGCUGCAGACGGUGCUGGAACCUGGAGAUUUGCUCUAUUUUCCCCGAGGCUUCAUUCACCAAGCCGAAUGCCAGGAUGGAGUGCACUCUCUGCACCUGACCUUGUCCACAUACCAGCGCAAUACCUGGGGCGACUUCCUGGAGGCUGUACUGCCUCUGGCAGUGCAGGCUGCAAUGGAGGAAAAUGUGGAGUUUCGUAGGGGACUGCCCCGAGACUUUAUGGAUUACAUGGGGGCCCAGCAUUCGGAGUCUAAGGAUCCGCGAAGAACUGCUUUCAUGGAGAAAGUGCGGGUCUUGGUUGCCCGCUUGGGACACUUUGCCCCUGUUGAUGCUGUGGCUGACCAGAGAGCGAAAGACUUCAUCCAUGAUUCUCUGCCCCCUGUGUUGACUGAGAGGGAGAGGGCACUAAGCGUUUAUGGGCUCCCAAUUCGCUGGGAGGCUGGGGAACCUGUAAACGUGGGGGCCCAGUUGACAACAGAAACAGAAGUGCACAUGCUUCAGGAUGGUAUAGCUCGGCUGGUGGGUGAGGGAGGCCAUUUGUUUCUCUAUUAUACAGUGGAAAACUCCCGAGUUUAUCAUCUGGAAGAGCCCAAGUGCUUGGAGAUAUACCCCCAGCAAGCUGAUGCCAUGGAACUCCUGCUCCGCUCCUACCCAGAGUUUGUGAGGGUAGCGGACUUGCCGUGCGACAGUGUGGAGGACCAGCUUUCCUUGGCGACCAUGUUAUAUGACAAGGGGCUGCUGCUCACCAAGAUGCCUCUAACCUGA